AUGUAUUCUCCCGGUCACUACUAUCGGUUACAACCAGAAGAAGACCUUAUUCUCCCGGCCACUACCAUCGGUUACAACCAAAAUAAGUCCUUAUUCUCCCGGUCACUAACUUCGGUUACAACCAGAAGAAGGCCUUAUUCUCCCGGUCACUACCAUCCGUUACAACCAGAAGAAGUCCUUAUUCUCCCGGAACUACCAUCGGUUACAACCAGAAGAAGAACUUAUUCUCCCGGUCAGUACCAUCGGUUACAACCAGAAGAAGAACUUAUUCUCCCGGUCAGUACCAUCGGUUACAACCAGAAGAAGUCCUUAUUCUCCCGGUCACUACCAUCGGUUACAACCAGAAGAAGUCCUUAUUCUCCCGGUCACUACCAUCGGUUACAACCAGAAGAAGGCCUUAUUCUCCCGGUCACUACCAUCGGUUACAACCAGAAGAAGGCCUUAUUCUCCCGGUCACUACCAUCGGUUACAACCAGAAGAAGGCCUUAUUCUCCCGGUCACUACCAUCGGUUACAACCAGAAGAAGGCCUUCUUCUCCCGGUCACUACCAUCGGUUACAACCAGAAGAAGGCCUUCUUCUCCCGGUCACUACCAUAG